AAUUAGAGCUGCCACUGAGCGACCAUCUAUUCCAGUCGGACAGAAUAAUUGGUGCUGGAGCGGAGUGCUGCUCUUGUAGAUUUCCUCCGGAUUAUUUAAACACUUUCUGCUCUUGCGGAUUAUUGGAUCCAUUAUUUUAUCAAGAUGGGUUGCGCCGGUUUCAGCUGCUCCAAACACUCCCUGUGUGCGCUCAACAUCCUCUAUGUUAUGGUGAGCCUGCUGAUGAUUGGCAUUGCAGCAUGGGGAAAGUGGUUCGGGCUGGUCUCCAGUUUCCAGGUGGUGGGAGGUGUCAUCGGUGUGGGUGUCUUCCUCUUCUUCGUGGCCCUGGCAGGCCUCAUCGGGGCCAUGAAGCAUCACCAGGUCCUCCUCUUCUUCUACAUGAUCAUCCUCUUCAUGGUGUUCAUUGUACAGUUCUCUGUUUCCAGCGCCUGCCUGGCCAUCAACAGAGAGCAGCAGAAUCAGCUGUUGGAGGUCGGGUGGAAUAACUCUCAGACCACCCAGAAAGACGUGGAGAAAAGCCUCAACUGCUGCGGCUUCAAGCAGGUGGAGGUCAACGGGACCUGUGAUGCUGCCUGUUUCCCCAACCAUUCAUGUUCGCCAUGUGCAGAUAAGAUCCAGGAGCAUGCCGGUGAGAUUCUCCGCUUCGUGGGUGGGAUCGGACUCUUCUUCAGCUUCACAGAGAUCCUGGGAGUGUGGCUCACGUACCGCUACAGGAACCAGAAGGAUCCCAGGGCAAACCCCAGUGCUUUCCUGUGAGCCGCCGCCUGGUCUCGUCCCUUUGCACUGUCACCUCACCACUUGUACGGACAUUCUAUGGGCUUUAACUGUAAAUACAAAAGUGACUUAUGUGUUUGCACUGAUUGCUGCAGCAAACUUGUAUGGUGUUAUAAUGUGAAGUGCUUGAUUUUCAAGAAUGAGGUGUGUUCUGGGA